AACAGAGGAACUGAAAUUCGCAAACACUUCCCUUUUGAGCCAUUUCGAAACGUUCCUAUAGUUGAGUUGGUCAGCCAUCAAUCAGGAUAUAUCAGAAACGUUUAGCCGAAAGGCAAAAGUGUUUGAAGAAAGCUGAGUAAACUUUAAUUCGGAAUUUUGCUGACAGAUAAGGUGUCAAUUAAGGCGAAGCAAGACGCAAGGGCGAGAGAAGACUUUUCAAGGCCAAGCGUAACAACACUGAACUUGACACGUUGCGUAACUUGAGAAGGCGCACUUGGGUUCGGCCCUACACGCUUGUGGCCGGUUAAUAACGAAACCCACGUCAUAACUGAAGAAAUUGAUGAUAGCAGAGUGGAAGGUCGUAAGGGAAAGGGAGAACGAUAUGUGUUACGAAAGACUUCAUAAGUCUCCGAACGCUUUGGGAAUCGUCUGUGUAAAGCAAGCUUAACGAUAACUUUGCAUAAUCAGUUGGAUUGUCGGUGGUCCAUGAACCGUAAACACUGCUCAGUGUGAAAAGUACCUUCGACGUUCAAGGAUUUCCGAUUCUUAUAGAAUCAAAACAAGAACUUAUCUUAAAACACGCUUCUGAAUUUGCUAUUAUGGCCAUUUGCGACCUUCAUUUUAGCAGACUGUUUUAUUUUAUGAUGGCAUUUUCGAUGCUGAGCACGGCAACAAUCGCCGGACAAAUUAUCAACAGAAACGAUAGCUUGUCGUCUUCUUCGAACAAAAAUGACUUCCUGAACCGGACAGUUGUUUUAAACGACGCAAGCGAGCAUUUUUUAGAUCUGAUAUUCCACGAAUACACGGACAACUUGACGGAGAAAAUCUCCAUUGCACGUUUUAAAGACUUAUUGAAUGUUUUAAACCUUGGAGAGGUCGUAUCGACGAAAGAAACAUCGAUGCAGCUUCCUAAAGGAACAUCUCAUGGACAUGGUGGCCAGAAUUCUCAAAGCCACAAUGGAGAAUCUGGUGAAGCUUCAAGGCUGAGGAACAUGCGAAGGCGGCGAAGCGAGCAUCAUUCCAAGGGAGGACGGGGACAAUUGCAGUUGAAUUCAAAGACGACCCAAAUUCUCAUGAGGUCUUCACGAAGAGAACGGCGUCAUAGUAAAGAACGUAGCCAUUCCAAUAAAGGUCACACGGAGUGUUUGACAGGACACGAGCUUCUACACAUCCAUGAUGUGAAUGAUAAAGAAGGAUUGGGCGAAGAAGACUUUGUACGGAUUUGUCCGGCAUUAAUUCAGCAACUCCAAGACAAAGCUUGCAUUAUAGACAACCUGGAAGGCAAUGACAUGGGAGAAGACUCGGCCAAAAUGUUGCAUGUGUGGGGUUAUGGUUUCCUAUCUAUCACUGUCAUCAGUUUGACGUCACUUCUUGCGAUCGCUGUCAUUCCUUUGAUGCGUCAUUCGAUUUACAAGAAGAUCAUGUCCUUCCUGGUGGCGCUUGCCGUGGGAACCUUGUCUGGAGACGCCCUUCUUCAUCUUAUUCCUCAUGCUUUCGUCUCCAGUCACGGUAACGAAGAAGGGCAUAAGAUGAACAUUUACAAGUCAUGUGUCAUCAUGGCAGGAAUCUACGUCUUUUUCACGGUUGAGUGCAUGUUGAAAGCACGCAUGGCGCGAAAGAAACGCUCACAUGGUAACCUGCACGUCUGUGACGACGUGACAACUCCAGAAAAAAUGAAAAAACAAGCUGCGAAAUAUCAGGAAAUGGUUGGUUCAAGGCUCGCUGGAAUUCAACGAAGUAUAAGCUGCGAGGGCGCCCACUUUCCUAAGGCCAGCGGAGAUAUUUCAGGAGGUUGUAAAACAACGUCUUAUGAAAUGGUCCAUUUAGAGUCUGGGAAAGAGGAGCGUGGUAGCACAAGCUCCGAAAGCUCCCAAGAAAAAGUGCCGUUGUGGGAGCCUAGAGGCCAUGGUCAUCAUUGCCAACAGCGCGACAGUGUGCAAGAACGGGGUAGACACAGUUUUAGCGACUCGCACCUUAUAGCUGCAUUGCAAGGCAAGUCUUGCAUCCAUCCCAACAUUUACUCCCAUAACAACUUUUCUGCCAGCGGUACUGACAGCCACGACCCAACCCACCACAACAUCAAUCAAAUUCGCUCUCACCAAAAUGAUCAGUACUCGCACCAGGUCCCCACCGAAUCAAACACGAUUGCCACGGAAACGACGAGUGAUGCUGGAGACGGUGGCUACGGCGCGGAGAAUGGGCACAAUAAUCAUCAUCACCACAGCCAUAACAUUGACAAGAACACCUCCAUUGCUACUGUGGCGUGGAUGGUAAUUGUUGGUGAUGGUUUCCACAACUUUAGUGACGGCCUUGCAGUUGGUGUGGCGUUUUCGGCUUCAUUGACAAACGGUCUCACCACGGCUAUAGCGGUGUUCUGCCACGAGCUUCCGCACGAGCUAGGUGAUUUUGCCGUUUUGCUUAAGUCAGGUCUGACUUUUAGGCAAGCCCUGGCUUACAACUUUGCAUCAGCCAUAAUUUCUUAUAUUGGCCUGAUUUUGGGCAUCAUUAUUGGCGACAUGCAGUCUGCUCACACUUGGGUGCUGGCGCUCACCGCUGGGAUGUUCCUUUAUAUAUCUUUAGUUGACAUGCUCCCUGAACUUAGCAACUACAUAAACGAAGGAGGUGGAUUGCCAGUGGUAUUCUCACAGAAUCUGGGCAUAUUGACGGGAGUAUCGAUAAUGCUGACGAUAGCUUUGUAUGAGAGUUAAAUAAGUCAUGUUAUCUUUUAGAACCACGAGAUAUUUGUAAUUACUAAUACUGCAAAAGCGAACAGGCGCGCAAGGGUUAAUUUAGUUUGAAAUAAAACUCUAUUUAUUUCACCUCAGACAAUUAUGAAAUUAUGGAUUUAAAAUAAUUCGCUUGAAUUGUAAUUUUUAUAAGAUUUUUGUCUUAAAAUGUGGAGCUUGCCUGGAUUAUUGACGAAUUUACAGGUAAAGUAAAACAAGCGGAUUUUGUUUUAAAUGAAAACGAAAAGGAAUGAUAUAGGUAUAUUUUGAAUAGAUCCCAUUUUUUAAUGCAAUCAUUUUGGCAUGGUAGUUUGGGAUGGUAUCUCAAAUAUGAUAUUCAAAUUUUAAUUUUAAAAGGGGCUUAAAUUCUUACCAGAAAGAACCUUGAUAAGAUAUAGUCAAAUUUUUACGAAUUCUUCGGAAUAGUUUCUUGUUGGUUUGGUUUGUUGUUGUUGUUGUUGUUGUUUACACCCCCCAUUUUACGCCUUUAAAUCAUCGAUUUGGUGCAUAUCAACUAAAACAUUUUAAGUUAAAGUUAACCCUUUUUGUUUUCAUUUUGCCUCAAGGAGGAAUUCAUUAACACCCAGCGUUAUUAAAUUUCUGUGUCACAGAAUAUCAUUUUACGAUUCGUGAAAUUGAGUUGUAAUUAUCUCUAAUGCACGAGCUCAUUUGAAAGCAGUACAGGUCGUGAUAUCAAAAUUCUCGUAAAAUGUAGAAGUUUCAUCAUUUGGCGUCCAAACACACAAAGAGUAUUUGAUCAAUUUAAGUGACAUUUUACCAAUAUUUAAAUUAUAUUAGGUAAUUUUACGAAACGACGUCGCAUAUAGCGUAAGGGCGUCACCAUGGUUUUAGGUUAUUUUCAUCGCUUAAUUCCUCAACCCGGUUUCGUAGUCUCCCUUCUCUCCAACCCCUCAGUUUUGAAGGGGGGUCGAGGUAGGGGAGACACAUUGGGAUUGAGGUUUUUUAGUUUUCUUCUUUUUCCAGCUAGUCUAGCAAAGAUCUAAGGAAUCAAUCUUCUCCUUUAACAGUUUUCGGACCGAUGUCAGUAGCUUAGAAACUGCGCACCUAUCCCCCCCCCUUCCCUAACCCAACAACAGUCAACCGAUUAUGUUGGGUCAGGGGAGGAGUGGGUGCGCAGUUGCUUAGAUACGGACGUUGACCCCAUUUUUCCACCGUUUCUUGGUACAUUAGUGGUAAGAAUCUCAUAACCUCUCAUCACAUUAGGAUCUAUGUGUAACACUUCCUAAGUUUUUUUAAACUUUUUGACCAUAGCUA